AUGACGGAGAAAAAUGAGAAAAUAAAUAGAGGUGUGUUGGAAGAUGAAUUGAAAUACCCGUUGUUUUGUUGUGGCAGUGGUGGCAAGUCAAAGUUGGUGGCGGUCGGUGGUGGCGGUGGCAAGUCAAAGACCGGUGUUGCCAAUGGCAUUGCUCUGUAUAGGUGGUGUGAGGAUGGCAUUCACGUCGAGCAAGUCGGUACCUACAAGGCCGACGAUUGCGUCACCAACGUCGAUAUCCACCCAAAGAAAGAUAACAUUGCAAUCAUCGUAUCACAACAAUUUCUCAUUCUAGAUUUCAAAAAGGAUAAUACUUUUGUACUAUUACAUCAAUUCGAUUUGAUUCCAGAGGAAUCUAACAGCAAUGACAGUGACAAUAGCAGUAGCAACAGCAGCAGUGGUAAAGGAAAGAACAAGAAGAACUCUAAACAAGCUGGUGAAAAAGAUGGUGAUGCUGAUGAAAAGUCUGUUGCAACCGAUGCCGCUGCCGAACAAGAUAGCGCGGCCAACAACAACAACAACAACAAGAAGAAACCGAUCAAGUUUGAACAAUUCAAUUUGAGAUACAGUCCGAACGGUGAGAGACUGAUUACAUCGGGUGCGGACGGCGUCGUUAGAAUCUGGGACACUGCCAACUACCGGCUGGUCAAUGAGUACAGUCAUUGCCACAUCGAUGAGAUCAACGCGAUCGACACGAACAACGCCAACACCCACAUGGUAACUAGCUCCAAGGACAGAACUUGCAAGGUGUGGAAUCUGUUGUCGGGUCGUCUCGAGCACACGCUCAAAUUCGAGCACGACGGCAAAGACCUAGAGUUUCGUGGCUGUCGAUUCCUCACGGGCGGUCUCGAGCUGGUCACCGUCCAAUUCCGUCCGAACACCAAGAAGGUGAAGGGAUGCACGCACGUCACACGCUGGAGCACCACCACCGGCAAGAAAGAGUUCACCAAGCAGAUUCACACCAUGCACAACACCUGUGCCGAGCUGAGCAACGACGGACUCUCACUGGCCGUCGCCACAUCGGACAACCUUGUCACCAUCGUCGACACUGUCAGCUUCCGACGUCUAGACCGUUGGGAACCGCACGAUUUCGUCAUCACCGGACUCGCCUACUCACCCAACAACAAAUCAGUCUUUUCCGCCUCUGCAAACUACUCUGUAAAAUCACAUCAAAUCGGUACUGGAGCCAAAGAAUUAGAUUAUAAACUUAUAUUUUUAUUGGCAUUAUUAAUAUUAAUUGUUUCAAUAAUUUAUAACUAUCUAAUUCAAUAA